AACCGAAGACCUACAUGUCCAAUGGACAAGUUCUUGGAAGCCCACCGUUUUCCGUCCGCCUCAGUCGCUUCUUCGAGAGCGUCUAUCUCUUUCUAGGCCUCUAUCUCGUUAGCUUCUUUUCGGUCGACCCUUACAGCGCUGCUGAAAACUCCAGAUUUAACAUUACUCGUCCCGGAAACAAACCCAACACUCGAUCGCGAUGGGGCGGAAGUAGUGGCUUUGGAGGAGGUGGUGGCGGCGGAGGCGGCGGUGGACCUGGUGGAUUCGGGCCUCGCAAGAUCGGACGGGUGGAUGAUAUUCGAGGCCCAGAGUGCAAGAGCUGUCAAUGAGAAGGGGGUGAUGGUGAUGUGCUACGACCCUCCGCGAGAUUGGGCGUUUGUUGUGGCGCUGUGGCUGGGUUAUUAUUAGGACCGGAAUUGAAUAUAUUCUACGCAUGGUGCCGGAUGGACGUUUCCUGUAAGCCCUGUAUCUGGAACUGAGACAGUCGAGAUUGGGUAUUGGCUGUCUGGACUUUGGACCCUCAGACCUUGGGGUUGACCCUGGGGUUUGGGUUGGAGAUGCAGUGGGAUAGCAUCGUCAAGGGGUAUGCGGGAAAACACAUCCCACGGCACUUGAUUGGGUGGGCUGCAUCCUUACUUAUCACACCGUUCUGGUUAGAUUCUGGGACGAUCGCAACAUGUCUGGUCG